AUGAAACUAAAUUAUAAACAUGCAUUGUUUGGAUUGGUCCUUCUAUCUAUCGGAUUUACUACAUUUGUUUUCUUCUUCAAAGGUUACUCUGAUGCAUUCUUCAGCCAAUAUUAUAACAAAUCUAAAGUUUAUGGAAAUUACAAGAAUGGAUUUAGAAUUAAUAAAAAUUCUUCAACCAAAAAAUGGGUUGUAAUAACAUCAAUUUUCAAACCAACUGAUGCCAUUGGUGUGUUCAGCAAAAUGUCUGGAUGGCAGUUGCUGGUGCGCUCCUCAAUGAAUUUUGCAAACACAUGGGUCUUCAGACCCGCUCUGAACUUCGUAAGUGAUGGAGAAGUAGCCAGAGAAGGUGGUAGAGCUCCAGGGAAAAGGGCCAAUAAAGCAAAUGCAGAUUUAGCAAAAGAGUGUUUAGCAAAAAAGUGUUUAACACAAGUAGCCAGUGCAAGAGAACAGGAUAUGAAGAUAUAUGAGAAAAGAAAGGGGCACGAGCAACUAGACGAGCAGCAGAGUUAA